AUGGAAGCCAUUGCCAAGUUUGAUUUCAUGGCCUCAGGAGAGGAUGAACUGAGCUUUCACGCUGGAGAUGUUCUGAAGAUCUUAAGUAACCAAGAGGAGUGGUUCAAGGCGGAGCUUAGGAGCCAAGAAGGAUAUGUGCCCAAGAAUUUUAUAGACAUCAAGUUUCCCGAAUGGUUUCACGAAGGCCUCUCACGACACCAGGCAGAGAGCUUGCUGAUGGGCAAGGAGGUUGGUUGCUUCAUCAUCCGGGCCAGCCAGAGCUCCCCGGGGGACUUCUCCAUAUCCGUCAGGCAUGAGGGUGACGUUCAGCAUUUCAAAGUCAUGAAAGACAACAAGGGUAAUUACUUCCUGUGGACAGAGAAGUUUCCAUCCCUCAACAAGCUGGUGGACUACUACAGGACGACCUCCAUCUCCAAACAGAAGCAGAUCUUUCUGAGGGAGAGGACCCGGGAGGAACAGGGUCAGCAGGGCAACAGCCUGGACCGGAGGUCCCAGGGAGGCCUACCCCUGAGUGGGACCGUGGGAGAAGAAAUCCGGCCUUCGAUGAACCGGAAGCUGUCGGAUCACCCCCCGCCCCCUCCCUCGCAGUAUCCCCCCGCACCACUGCCACCACAGCAGCGGUACCUGCAGCAGCAGCAUUUUCAUCAGGAACGCCGUGGAGGCAGCCUGGACAUAAACGACGGGCACUGUGGCAUGGGCAACAGCAGCGAAAUGAAUGCAGCCCUCAUGCACCGGAGACACACAGACCCCGUGCAACUCCAAGCAGCCGGGCGAGUGCGGUGGGCCCGGGCGCUGUACGACUUUGAGGCUCUUGAAGAUGAUGAGCUGGGAUUCCACUGUGGAGAGGUGGUUGAGGUCCUGGACAGCUCCAACCCAUCCUGGUGGACUGGCCGCCUGCACAACAAGCUGGGCCUCUUCCCUGCCAACUACGUGGCACCCAUGAUCCGGUGA